AUGGAAGACCAGGAAGAAGAUAAUUUCACGUUUGAUGAUGCAGAGUCACCGACGUUCACAUCGCCAAUAUCAAACUCUGUGAAGUUACCAACGACAUUUAGAGGUACAAAUACGACUGGACAAGUCAUAAAGAACUUCUCAUUCGUCAGUGACAGCAGUAGUGAUGGUAGUGAUGAUGAUGACAAUGAUGCUACAAUCUACGGACUAAAAUCAACAUCAACUACAUCAACUACAUCAACAACAUCAACAACAUCAACAACAUCAACAACAUCUACGAAGCAAGGUGGGCAAGACAAGUCCAAUAACAAUAACAAUUACAAGUUCAACAACAACAACAACAGGAACAAGAACUACAAUAACAACAACAACAACAACAACAAUAACAACAACAAUAAUUACUAUAAUAAUGGAAGGAAUAAUGAUAGGAAUGGCAAUAGGAACUCAGGAGGAAGGGAUGAUAGGGAUGGUGGAAAUAGGUCAUCAGGCCAAACUUUCAGAAAGGAGUGUGAGUUCUGGAAGAAGGGUAGAUGCUUGAAGGGCGACCAAUGUAACUAUUCACAUGAUAAUAACAACAAAGGUGGUAGUGGAUCACAACAACAACAACAACAACAACAAAGGGAUGAACCACAGACACAAGUGGCUAGACAGCCAGAAGUAGAGUUUCCCAAGGGCAACUCGCCAAAUCCAAAGGAAUGGACGAUUGAUAUGGUGGCCAAUUGGUUGAACACGAUACCAGAGUUGAAGGUUGUUAGUAAGGCAUUCAUAGACAAUGAGAUCAAUGGAAACACAUUGUUUGACAUUGGCUCUGAAGACUAUGAAGGUCUAGGUCUGGACACCAUCGGCAAGAGGAAGACAUUUGAGAAGCGUCGUUCACAGCUGAUCAAGUCCAACAGCAGGGGCAACAACAACAACAACAAUAACAACAACAGCAGGAAUCAUUCCAGACUUGUUGGCAACAACAACAACAACAACAACAACAACAACAACAACAACAACAAUAACAAUAACAAUAAUGACAAUAUUGAUGAUGUUCCAAAGGAGUCGGCUGUUGAGAAGAGACAAGCAAAGCUCAAGAAAAUCAAGGAUGAGUACGAACCUUUCAACAGUACAAGGGGCAUCGAUCAGUUCUUGAACAAGAUAAUCGAGAGGUUCAGAUCAGGUGAUAAGGAAGUGAUGUCAGAGUUUGAGAAACCAAUGAAGGAGAUCCAGUUCGAGGAUAUUCUCAACAAUCCACAACGAGAUCGUCUGGAGUCGUCCACCAUCAAGCUGAUCCUGGAACUCUUUGCAAUGGACAUCGUCGCCAACUCACUGCUCUCACAGACCAGUAACCAGAUGUACUUCCGACUCAUGAACUCUCAAUUCAUGAACAAGUACUCCAACUUGGCUGAUUUCUUCCGCUCGCUCUUCUUCACGCACGACCUCACCGUCAUGAAGAACUGCAUCACUGUGUUUGCUCACAUCACUCAGAAAUUCACCAACAGUUAUGGAAACAUCCCUUUGGAGCUGUUUGAGAUCAGUUGGAAGACAUCCAUGUAUCCCAAGGACCAGUACAUUGAGAGAUUGUUGAAGAAGAUCAAGUUACAAAAGAUUGUGAUCAAUGAGGCAGAGUCCAAUGACAUUGUCAGCCUCCCUUACAGAUACCAUGUACUCCCAGUAUACCCUAUUCCCGCAGACCUAGAGACAGACAGACUGCCACCACUCAGGAAGCUCAAAGAGGGUGUCUAUGACAAUGUCGAGGAGUACUUGGAUACACAUUUCAAUCUCCUUCGCGAGGACAUGAUCCACCCAAUGCGAGAGGCACUCCGCGACUUUAGGAAUGGUGAGAACUCCAAGUACUUCUUCAAGAAUGUCAAGUUCACAUCCAUAUCAUGUACAUUCUCAUCAUUCUGCUACAACAUUAGCUUUGAAGCGACCGCCAGGAAGAGGUUUGAUUGGAGAAAGACAUCGAGUUUGCUCAAGGGAUCACUGGUUGGUCUUAGCCACGAUCGAUUCAAGACAAUAAUAUGGGGCGUGGUCGAGGAGAGACCAAUGGAGGGCACCAAACAAAUGAUCACAAUAUCACUGCUCGAUCAUGAGAAUGAAGCUGAUCCUACGCACCUCUUCACUCAUACAUUCAUGAUGAUUGAGUCUCCAUCAUACUUUGAAGCCUACAAGAAUGUACUACAUGCACUCAAGAAGAUCAAUCAAGAUACUCUGCCUUUCAAGGACUACUUGUUGGACUGCAAGAUGGACUGCGAGCCACCCGUCUACCUCAGCAUACGUCCAGAGAUGGACUUUAGACAAACCUUUGAGGACAUUGAUCCACGACCCAUUCACAAUGUGACUCUGUCAUUCCCCACAGCUCUCGACAACUUGGAUGCAUCACAGUUGGAGGCCAUGAAGCAUUGUUUGAGGUCAGAGAUCUCGUUGGUACAAGGCCCACCAGGCACCGGCAAGACAUUCCUCGGUCUAAAGCUGUUCCAGCUAAUCUACAGACACAUUCAGUCCAUCGAGGAUGAGGUCCGAACACCAAUACUCAUCAUUUGUUACACGAACCAUGCGCUCGAUCAGUUCAUCAAAGGUAUCCUGCCCAUCACAGACAAUGUGAUUAGACUUGGAUCAAGGAGUCGUGAUCCAUCACUUGAGAAAUACAACAUCAGAAACAAGCUUGACAGGAGCUACGGUCGACGCCAGAGGUUUGAAGAGAGGAAGGACACUGUGGAGUUGAUCAAGCGUACACUCAAGGCACUCAUAAAACCACUGGAUAAUGAUCUGAUCAAGAAGGUGGCCUUGGAAGAUCACUAUGAUGCAUUGAACUAUAGAGGCAGUGUAUCUUACAAGGAAUGGAUAAAGUCCAUCAGGGAGGUGAUCAAGGCUCAGGAUCAAGCCAGUGAGCAACAGAAGAAGAAUGAAGAAGGCGGUGAGGACAGUGAUGAGGACGAGGAAGUUGUUCGCGAGAGAGUCCAAGAGCGUCAGAUGGACGAUGACAGGGAUGUCAAGGAGAUCGAGGAUAUUGAUAUCAGCUUCCAGAUGUGGGUGCUCGGUCAACCCUCAGACGACUUCCACGACGUGGAUAACAUCUUUGCACUCGAUAUCCCACAGAGAGUACAGCUCUAUCGACAUUGGCAGCAGCUCUACAUCAACAGGCAUCUGGACCAGAUAAUUAUGUACAAGAAAAUGUACCAGGACCUCACGAGACAGAUCCUUCAGCAUGAGGACCAAUCCUACGCCAAUGCUUUGAUGCGUGCUGAUGUAGUGGCCGCCACUACCACUGGCGCCAGCCGACUCAAGCAUGUGUUAGAGUCACUGCAGUCCAAGGUAGUGAUCAUAGAGGAGGCAGCCGAGGUGCUCGAGUCCCAUGUGAUUGCCAUCCUGCCCAAGACCGUCGAACACUUGAUCAUGAUUGGAGACCACAAGCAGCUGCGUCCCUCCAACCAGGUGUACGUGCUGGCCAGCAAGUACAAGAUGUCCAUCUCACUGUUUGAGCGUAUCGUCAACAAUGGCAUGGGUUGCAAGACACUCUCGAUUCAGAGACGUAUGGUGCCCAACAUCUCGCGAUUCAUCAAGCCCAUCUAUCCCGACCUACAGAACCAUUCGUCAGUGGUCGAGCGCUCACUGAUGAGCGAGCACGUUAAGAUCAAGGGCAUUGGGUCCAAUGUCUUCUUUUUGGAUCAUCGCCAGCCAGAGACCACCAACGAGAGGAAUGCAAGCAAGACAAACCCGUUCGAGGCCAACCUAGUUGCCAGACUCGUGGACUACCUGGUCAAGAACAUGUAUCCAGCAUCGUCCAUUGCCAUCCUCACGCCCUACACUGGACAACUGCUCAAGAUCAGACAGAAGGUGAACGAUCUCAAGAACCCGAGACUAAAGGACGGGCUGACCCUCCGCACAGUGGAUCAGUUCCAGGGCGAGGAGAAGGACAUCAUCAUACUGUCCUUGGUCAGGUCCAACCUGACCAACUCUAGUGGCUUCCUCUCGAUCAGCAAUCGAAUCAAUGUGUCGCUGUCGAGAGCCAGGAAUGCCAUGUUCAUCGUGGGCAACUCAGCACAGUUGACCAAGGCCCACGACUUGUGGACCAAUCUCAUAGAGUUGCUCAAGGUGGACAAGCUCAUUGGACCAUCUUUGAGGCUCAAGUGUGAAAACCAUCAGGACCACGUUGUAGAGGUGUCCAGCGCAUCGGACUUUGACAAGGUACCAGAGGGCGGUUGUGGACAGCGCUGUGAGACCCAGUUAGACCCCUGUGGACAUCAAUGUCCAAAGUGCUGCCACUUUGAUGACCCUGAGCACAAGACCGUCGUGUGCACUCAACGAUGUGACAAGCCAUUCGUUGACUGCGACCAUCAAUGCACUCAAUGGUGUCAUCGUGGAACGUGUAAGCCAUGUGAAGAGCAAGUUCAAUGCUUCCUACCGGGUUGCGGUCAUCGCGCCACCAAGAGGUGUUCAGAGCCCGUAAUCAUGGUCGUGUGCCAAAUCCCAUGUCGUAAGCUUCGACCAGACUGUGGACAUCUUUGCGCCGAUAUAUGUGGCAAGACAUGUACUCAGGCAAAGUGCCAAGUGGAUGUUCAGCGUCCGCUGCCAUGUGGCCACUCGCUCAAGGCUAAGUGCUUUGAGAAGACCACCGCGUGCCACAUCAAGUGCAAGGACAUGCUGCCCUGUGGACACAUGUGCAACAUCAAGUGCAAGGAGCAUACCUUUGUCAAUGGAGUCAAACAGCAUCCGACUUGCCACAAACAAUGCGACAGGAUACUCAUAUGUGGACACUCGUGCAAGCCACACGACUGCUCACAGCCAUGCAAGCCAUGCACCAAGCAGUGCACCAAUCGCUGUCCACACUCCAAGUGUGGCAAGGUCUGCAAUGCUCCAUGCUUGCCAUGCAAGAUGAAGUGUGCGCGAGUGGCCUGCGAACAUCAACGAGGCUGCACCAAGCUCUGCCAUGAGGUGUGUGACAUUGGACCCUGUAACAAACGCUGCACCAAGAUACUCAAGUGCAAGCAUCAAUGCAUUGGGCUGUGUGGCGAGAGAUGUCCACUUCUCUGUCGCGUCUGCGAACCCAAGUCACUGGAGCCAAUCAGUCAGAUGACCCUGGACGAGCACGACCCGGAGGACAAGUUCUACAAGCUCUACUGCAACUGCAAGACGGUGUUGGAGGUUGACAACCUUGACACAUACAUGAACAUGGAGCCCGAGCUCCAAGAGUCAAUUGGAGUCAAGAGUUGUCCAUGCUGCAAGGCCACCAUCUACCCACAGAACAUUCGCUACAAGGACGUACUGAACAAGCGAUGGGAGUACGUCGAGAAGAUCAAGACAAAGAUUCGCGAGAUGAUCACCAAGGAGGAGAUCGACUCGGUGGUCAACAGUGAUGCCUUCACAGCAGGCCAUUGGUUCAAAUGUCCCAACGGACAUGUGUACUAUAUUGGUGAAUGUGGAGGUGCCAUGCAAGUUGGACAGUGUAUCGAGUGCAAGGAAGCAGUCGGAGGUCAAAACCAUCGACUACUAGAUACCAAUGCACAUUCCAACAUUGACGGAUCAAUUCAACCGCAAUAUCCAUACGGUAAUGAACCAUUCGGAAGAGUAUUCCGUUGA